AUGGAUAUGGAAAACCUGGAAUACUACGACAACAUUAACAAUACGUGUACAGAGUUAAACCUUGCAGAUCACUGGAAAAAUUAUAAUACCUUAGAACAGGCAGUUUCUAGAGGUGGAUUACUUCGUCACAAAAAAUCAAGACGAAAUACAUAUGAUUAUUUUAAUGACAAAUUAAAUAUAGAUUUAAAUGAACCAUCGACUUCUAAACCAAGAAAAUUUAAUCAAAGUUACGGAAGGACACCACCUUGCAAGUCUAGAAAGAUACGGCGAAAAAAAUCGCCAAAAAGAUGUCCAAUUAGGAUUGCCGAAUUAGCUGUACCAACAAAACGACGAUGUAUAGAGACGUGGAGAUAUAAAUCUGGAGUCUUGCCACAUUUUAUGGUAGAUAGACUCAAACAGCGGGUUAUGGAUGAAAGCCCAGUAGUGCAUAUAAACGAAGCAAUAAAUUGCUUUAAAAGGAAGAAAAAAAGGACAAAAAAGAGGUCUCAUAAAAAACCACAUACGGUAGUAGAAAAUGAUCGAAUGAGAGAAAUACGUAUAUUAUGUGCUAUAUUCGGGUACAAAAUUUUUUUGAAGCUACUACGACCGUUAAACAUAUCAUUAAAUCCACGUUUGGAAAGAAUAAAUAAUAUGGUUAAGGAAGAAAUACAUGAAGUACUAAAAUGUAAGAAUAUUUCGAAACAAAAACAGGACAAAAAUAAAGAGCAUCUUUACGAAAUUGCGCGUAAGAUAACAUUAUGGGCUGUGAAUAUAUUAGAGGAAACGGAUAACAAGCUGUUAGAAGAGGAGCUCAGGGAGCUAGAAGAAGAAGAAGGACCGGUUUUAGAUUUAAUUGAUAACUUAAUCGAAAGAGCUAUGAAUAUUUGUGAGUUGCGUUAUUAUGAAACUACUAAUAAUGCGGAUGAAAAAACUGAGUCAGGGCAAAUAACAUCAUCAGUCAAAAUCAGUAAAGAGACAGUCGCUGAUCCCACUGAGGAUAGUAAAAUAGUAUCGAGGAAGGAUGAAGAUUAUCUCGAUAAAUUUGAAGGAGCUUUAGAAGAAAAUUAUGAAAAUGCGUUAAAUUUUACGAAAGGGACGUCCGAAUCUAUAAAUCAAAAUGAAGAUUUCUUGCUAACAAAUUAUAUAUAUGAAGAUUAUGAUCGUCAAUACAUAUCAGAACAUUUUAAGACAGAAGUGCAAACAAUAAUAGACGAAAUAUUAAGUAGUGCGAUUGCCUUGAAAGUUGAACUGGAAAGGAAAGAAAGUGGAAAUAGUCAGAUUGGAUUAACCUAUGUUACUGAGACCAAUACAGGUUUAGACAAAGUAAUACGUGAUGAAGACAGUUAUACAAUGCAAGAUGUCAAUAACAAAAAGUCUCCUGAAUUGGAAUCUUAUUUCAAUAAUGAAGAGAGCGGUAAAGAUCAUUCAGUCGAAAAAAUAUAUAUUGCACAUGAUAACAAUGAAGUUGAAAAUGCAAGUGAAAACAAAUAUUUAUCCGAAGUAACAUCUGAUGCCGAUUUCGAAAAAAACGAUAAAAAUCAGCCACAAGAAGCAUUAGAUUCUAAUUCAGUUAUUCCUAAAAAUAAAAACGAUUUGGAAAAUGGAAGUGGUAGCACUAUGUUAAAUGAAAUGAAAUCUGAUUAUAAUGUUAAAGAAAAUGAUAAAAGCGGUUCAUUUUUACUAGACGCAUUAGAUUCAAAUUCAGAAAAAAGUAAAAAUAAAAACCAAGUAGAAGAUGAUACAGAACUACUGAGUGAACUAAAAUCUAAUUUAGAUAAUGAAGUCAAAGAAAUUUAUACAGUCGACUCAAAAGCACAUGCAUACAGCAACAUAGGAAAAGAAAAAGACGUUGAUGUGGAAAAUCUAAAUCAAAAUCAAAUUGAAUUAAACACCAUUCACACUGAAACUGCAAAUAAUGAAAAUGUACAACCGUAUGAAGAAUUAAAUGAUAUUACAGACAGAAAUGUCAUUAUAACAAAGAAUACCGUAAGUAAUCAAGGAGGCGAAAACAAUAUAACUGACUUAAUGGAUGCAGAAAACGAGGAUCUAAUAUUAUCUCCUCAAAAUAGCGAACAGAAACAAAGAACUGAGGAUAUUGCACAUACAAGUUUAGAUAAACUGACUGAGGAACCUGCAGAAGACGUCAACGAAGAAGAUAAAAACAAAAAAGUAAAAUUUUCAGAUACUGAUAUGGAUAUUAAAAACAAAACACAGCUAAUAACUAAUUCCAGCCAGAUCUUAAUGCAAAUACCAUCUCGUAAUGACAUAAUGGAGAACAUCGAUUUUGCACCGCCGAACCCUAAGUUACUGUCAAACGUUGAUGAAUCAUGGCCAGAAGAUAUGUCCACACCUACAUUUAAGGUUACUGAAAGUGUUAAUAAAUCAGUAACAUCACUAGGGAACAUUUUUGAGGCAGAUGAAAAGAAAGAACUGUCGCCUGAAAAUAGUUACGAUUUUACACGAAAUUCUGAAAUAAUAAUAAAUGACAGACCUUUUACCUCAACGUCCAUGAAUAUUUUCGAAAUCGAAAACGUUUCACACGCGCAAUUUCAUAAAGAGAAAGAGUUUGGAGAAAAGUUCUCGGCAACAAUUAAAGAUACCAAUUUUCAAGCAAAUAAAGAUCAGAAACAAUCUAUAGUCGACCGAGAAAAGAAACCAGACACAAUAAAAAGUAAGAGAUCACUGGUACAAGGAAAAUAUUCUAAACAACCCAACGAUAUCAAAACCAAUACUAGUUGUGAUAAAAUUAGGAUCGAGAAAAAGCCGCGAAACAUAAGUAAUAAUAAAUUAAAAGAAACUGGAAGACUAAAUAUCCCCAAAAAAUAUAAAUACUUGCCUGAGAAAACCAACGACAUAAGUAUAAAGGAACCAAAUAAAAUAUACAAACAAAGGAACGAUAAACGACGACAAAAUUUUACGAUAAGAAAUUCUAAUAUAAAAAGGAAAUUUAACAAUAAAGGAAAUGAUAAUCGUAUUGUUAAAAAUGCAGUUGAUAUUGAGAUGAAUUCAAAGGCUUUAAAAGAACGGAAAGAACUUCAAGAUAACCGACCGAAACAAAAGACGAAGGAAAGUCCUAACGCAAAUGUUGAAUUACUCCAAAAAACAUCAAUAAAUUAUGAACAUCGGAAACCUAAUCCAUAUUCAUGUCAGAAUUCAGUCCGUAGAGCUAAAACUUAUAAUUCACAUUUUCAACGAGAGAUAGGUCUAAGUGAGGAUUGCGGUAUUCAAAACUGGUGCAAAAAUUUAGAAAGUGUUAUCGAAAAUUUGGAAAUGUGGAACGCUUGGAUAUAUAAUGCGUGUAAACGUAUUGAAUAUCUUAGUGAAAAAGGAAAAAUUAAACACUCACGAUCUACAGAAAUGGUUAAAAUUAAAUGGAAAACGUUACAUAAAUAUAUAAAAGAAGAUAUUAUUUUAUGGAAGGACAUACAGCGGCGUAAUCGAGAUGGUUUAAAAGGCUAUAAGAAAUAUUGCAAUAAUAAAAAGAUCCAUAGAACAACUAAUUUCGAAAUAAGGUGUAACUGCAGAAACACUUAG